UCUUAUCUUUAUUUUGAGUUUUAGUGCCUUAAUUUUUAAGUUCGUCGUGAUUUUGUUAACCAUCACGGUUUGGUUCUUAUAGGGAGUUUUUAUAGUCGUAAGGUGUUGAUGCUCUUAGCAUUUGCAAUGAAUCGUGGUUAGUUUCGACGGUUCAUGGAGGUAGGGUUGGGUUGGUCUUUGCUUUCUAAUUUCGGCCAAUACGAAGAAAUUUGUUGGAGGCAGGUAAUUCCAGAAUAGAGAAGGCUGGGACUGAUGAGACGAACUAGGUUGUUUUUCUUUCGCAAUUCCGGUUCUCUGUACGGUGGUUCCAUUUGUGGAUUAUGGUGGGUUGCCUGCAAAAUGUUUGGUGAAAAGCCUCAACAGCCAUUUGCUUAUGCUGCUGAUGGGUAGUUUUGUGGUUUCUGAUUUGAAGGUAGUGGUUAUCCGUGUACAAUCAUCACUACAGGCAAGAGACAGAAGAACAGAUGGAACUAGCAGACAAGGCCGUAGGCUUGGUGCUGUCCUUAAUCAGUUUGUCCAUCUUCACCUAUUACACAUUCUGGGUCAUCAUUCUGCCUUUUGUGGACAGUGAUCACUUCAUCCACAAGUACUUUUUGCCAAAAGAAUAUGCACUGAUUAUACCCAUUUUUGCUGGUGUUUCACUUCUCAGCUUCCUGUCCAUGUUUAUUGGGUAUGUGAUGCAGAAAUCUAAAAGAAAAUCAGCUUGAUUUAAGUGAUGCAAUCUUUGUCUUGUGCUUUUGCUUUUCUGAGGCACUGUAUUCUCUCUCCUCUGUUAUCUUGGUUUUUGGAAGGUAAAGGAAGUUAGUGACUUGAGUGAGGUUCAUGGUUAUGGAACAAGGGUAUUUUUAGAAAAAAGUUGCUUGUCUUUUUUGCUCACAAAUGCAAUAUAUUAUUUGCGCUCUC